CCACAAGAUGUAGAAUACUUCCGUCGGAAAUGGAUUUGGGUGUUCAAAGUUCUGCUGCUGCAGGAGCAUGUCGAUGUCCUCGCCAAGCCCUCAUUUUGUGCUAUUUGAAAAUUCGAAUGAUGAGGCUUUGCGGUUUACUCAUUUUCCUCAGCUAUAUUGUCUACGUGGAUAAUGCUGUUACUGCAAACUUUAUCAGUGACCCACGAUCAAUGUUCCCGAAGAUGGUGAGAACUAAAAAUGCUUUUCACUUCUUGCAAUAUUUCAUGGGAACUUUUCGACGAAUGUUCCGAAAUAAAACAGAAAUGAUUGAGCAUUUCAAUUAUUAUGAUGAUCAAGUAAAAGGAACUGAUUGUCAUAUUCAAGAGGAAUUGGAUUUUGCCAGAUUUAAAUCAUAUUUCGAUAGAUAUACAAGAACUCAUUACAAUCCUGAAAUUCGUAUUAUCUUUGCAAUAAUGACUAAAGAUUCUUCUCAUAUGACGGUUGAAUUCCAUGUUACAUCACAAUCUUGGUUUGGAUUCGAAGAUCAUUUUCAUAUGAUUAUCAGAGCGGUUAAUGACGAGAAUGUCGGAUGGGGAGUUCGUUAUCUGAGUAUGGCCUUCAAUUGCUGAAUAGAGAUUGGUUCAUUCGGAAAUAUGGAAAGCAAAAAUAAAGCACAUAAAUAUAUCGAACAGAUUAGUUAAUGUUGCAUUGUCCGUACACAAUAAAUUAUGAAUUGUU